ACCUCUGGAGGGGCGCUUCAUUGGGGAAGGGGACGCGUGUUCGGCUGACCUGCGUGUCGGGGCGAGAAACGAGGCUUCUCUUCUCUGGGGAAAACGUGAAACGGGCCGUGUUUCCUCUCCCGGCUGAGAGACUCAGCGGCUCCCUCUGCCCAGAAUGGGCCCAACGGAUCCCCCACACGUGGUACCAUCUCCUGGACGGCCCCCCUGGUCUGGCUGGAGCAGCUCCUGCCCGCUUCGCCCAUGCUGGCUGACCUCCGUCGCAGCCUCUCAACUGGGGGCCCCCAGCAGGAGGAGGGGCUCACCCGGACCCUUGAGCUCGGGGCCACUGCCAGCCCUGUUUCCCCGGGGUCUCACGAAAGCCCCUGCCUGGCUCCGGCCUUGCUGCAGGACCACCGUACCAGCACGCCUCUUUCGGGGGCGUCUCCUGGAGCCUGGGCAACCCCCACCAGCUGCCAGGACUUGGGGCCCAAGACCCCCUUGGAGCAGGCUGGGCCCAUCGCCUCGCCCUGCUUGGCUGCCCCGGAGGCUGAUGCCACGGCUUCACCGGAGGACCAGGAAUCGCCUGUCGUGUGCCAGGACCCGGGCACUGCCUGCAUCUCCCUGGCCGGCUGCGGGUGCCACAGCCUCUGGGGGUCUCCUCUGAGCGUCCUGAGCGAUGGACUUGGGGUCUCUCCGGCCGGGAAGGAGCCCUCUUGGCAAGGCCCCAAAGGGAUGAGCACCAACCCUCCCUGCCUCACCUGUGCCCGAGCCUGCCUCCCCCAGCAGAAUCAGGGCACCGGCAUCACCCCCGUCUCCGUGGCGUCUGCAGCUGCCUGCACCUCCCAGCUGAGCCUCCGGGAGGCUGGAGUGAACACCUCCCCUGCGGAGAAGGCCACCACCACCGACAACACAGCCGAGACCGACUCCCUUCUCUGGCAUUGCUCCCGGGACCAGCUGAGCCACCUCUCCCGGGCGGAGCUGGAGGGGCGCCUGGAGAGCACCCUGAUCAUCAUGGAAGCCCUCUCGCACCAGAUCCGGGCCGCCCAAGACUUCCGGCGAUCGGCAGCCCCGGUGGGGCCAGCGGACCAGAGGGACGCGGCCACCCAGACCCCCACGGCCGACUCCAGCCAGGCGGAGGAGCGGCUCUACCACAAACUCUACCUGGAGCAGCGGCUGCGCUUCCACUCCCUGCAGGGCCGCCAGAAGAACCUGCAGGGCCUCGCCCAGAAGCUGGAGGGCGCCAGCGAGGAGAUGAGAACGUGGUCAUCCGAUUCCAGGCAGCUCCAGGCCAGGGUGGACACCGCCUUCCAGCAGCUCCAGCAUGACCGGAGGUCUCUCUGCCAGCAGCAGAAGCAGAUGGGCCGUCUGCUGGUUCAGGGCAGGGCCCAGGUCCAGCACUGGGGCCAGAAGCAACAGGAGAUGGGCCGGGAGCUGAAGGCGGCCCUGAAGGCGAAGGACGCGGCCAACCUGGUCCGGGAGUCGGUGCAGGCCGGUGCUGCCACCAAGAUCCGGAGGCUGGAGCUGAGUGCCGAGUCCCGGCAGCGCUUGUGGGCCCUGCUGCAGAAAGCAAAGGCGCUUGAGGUGGAUCUCUUGUCCGGAUACGGCCGCCAUGUGGCCAAGGGAGACAGCCUUGCGGCAGCCCUGCAAACUGACUGGGCUCAGAUGCGGCUGGAUUACCAGGGGUACCGCAGCAUCGUCGGCAAGUGCCUCGUGGCCAACCGGAAGAUGGCGGAGGAAGUGGAGGCCGCCCGGACUGAAAGCGCCCGGCACCAAGAGGUGUGCCAGAAGCUGGAGGAGACGACGGUAGAACUGGUCGAAGCGCUGGGCCGGGUGAACGAGCUGGUGGAGACCAACACGCGGCUGGACCGAGACCUCCAGGCCGCUCUGGAAAAAGGGGCGGCCUCGGAAGAGCAGCUGCAGCAGCUGCGGGAAGAACAGCUGGAGCUCACCCAGCGGCUGGAGGAGAAGACGACGGCCAUCCAGCAGCUGCAGGACGAGGCUGCCAGGCUGGCACAGGAGAAGGAGAGGGCGCAGCAGGAACGGGACGGUGCCCAGCGGGACUUUCGGGAGGCUUUGGAUUGCCGCGAGUUUCUCGAGCAGGAGAACCAGGUUGCCCGCCGCCAGCUGAGCGAGACGGAAGAAGAGCUGAAGGCCAGCCUCUCCGCCCUGCGGGAACGCGGCAGCCAACUGGAGGACCUCAAGGAUGCCCGCCAGAAGCUCCAGCAGGAGCAGGAGUCGCUGCGCGCUGAGCUGGAUGGCGCCAGGGCUGAGAUCCAGGACACCAAAAUGGGCCUGGAGGGGCUUUUCCGGGCCGUGCUGGAGUUGGGGGGUCUCCACGCCCAGUUCCUGGAGGCUGCCAACAUUCUGCAGACGGGCCGGCCAGGCGAGGCAGCCCAAGUGGCCCCCCAGAACAGCACAUGCACUCCGGCCCGGCGCACCCCCCACCGCCCGGGGGUCUCCUUGGUGGACAGCGUCCUUCGAGCUGCGUCCCAGGGAGCCCCAAAGACCCCGGGCCUCUGGAGCGAGACCAGCGCCUUUAUGCGCGCAGCCCCGGCACCCCCUCCCCAGCUCUCAGAUAUUCAAGCCUCCCUGGCCAGUCACACCCAGGACCUGCGCCUGGCCGUGGAGCAACUGCGCCUCCUGGCCAGGCGUUGCCAAGAAGACUUUGGAGAGCUGCGGGCACAGAGUUUGCAGAUGGAGCAACAGCUGGAAGCGUCUCAAACGCAGCACCAGGCGGAGAUGGAGGCUUGCCAAACCGCCCAAAUCAAGCUCAGCAAGAUUCUGCACCUGAAGAUCCAGAGCGAGAAGGAGCUUCAGGAGCUGCUGCGUCAGCAGGAAGAGAAGCAAUGCCAGCUGAGCGACCAGAAGAGGGAACUGGCGACCCUGCGAGAGGAGGUGGCCCAGCUGAAGCUGGAGCUCCAGAAGUCGCAGAUGGCAGCCACCACGCUGUGGGACGAGAUGAGUGGGACCCGGCGCCCUGACGUCCAGGAGAAGAUCUGGCUGCGGCAGGAGGUUGGGAAGUUAAAGGAGCUGCUUCUGCAGAAGGACACCGAGCACACGAAGGCCCUGACCAGCCACGUGAUGCAGGUGAGGUGCCUGGAGGAACGGCUGUGCCAGGCUCAGCAGCUGCUGAGACGACAGGAAAAGGUGGAGGCGAACCUGAAGCAGGCCCUCUCCACGUUGCCGGCUGAAGUGUCCAGCCUCGCUGAGGUCCAGCGCCUUGUGGGUCUCUUUGUCUGAAGAAGCCACGGAGGCGAAAGCAAGAGUUUGUUCUCAUUUGUCUAAUGAAGUAAAUGUUACGUCUCUUAA